GAAGAGCGGUGCGAAGUUGCCGGUGACCCUCGGGUUCUGUUGGUGCACUCGCGCGCACAAGAGAGAGAAAGAGACAGAGAUAGAAACAAGAAUGCUCCGCAGCAAGGGAAUUGGAUGCUGGCUCGUGUGGUGCUGCGUCUUCCUGACGUACCACGUGGUGAGCGAGGAACCAGCGGCUGACGUUAACGACGUUCUGGUAUUUACCGUCGCCUCCAACGAGACGGAUGGCUUCCAGAGGUAUCUCAGAUCGGUUGAGGUCUAUGAGUUUCGCGACAAUCUGAGAGUUCUCGGAUUCGGCGAGCCCUGGAGAGGCGGCAAUAUGAGAUACGCCGGCGGUGGAUACAAAAUUAAUCUUCUCAAAAAGGCCUUGGAGGAUUACCGAGACGAUGAGAAGAGGAUCGUUUUGUUCACCGACAGUUACGACUUAAUAUUUCUCGGUGGUUUACCUGCCAUCGUCGAGCGAUUCCAGGAGUUCGACGCUCGGAUCUUGUUCUCCGCGGAAGGAUACUGCUGGCCGGAUAAAUCCUUGGCGAACAACUAUCCGCCCGUAUCGAGAGGCAAACGAUACUUGAACUCGGGAGGAUUCAUCGGAUACGCGUCCGACUUGUACGCGAUUCUGAACAACGCGUCUAUCAAGGACGAGGAGGACGAUCAGCUGUUUUACACGAUGGCGUAUCUGAACGAGGAGCUCCGAACCCGACACAAGAUCAAACUAGACCACAAAUCCGAAAUAUUUCAGAACCUCUUCGGUGCGGUAGCUGACGUGGAGCUCAGAUUCAAAGGCGAAGAAGCUUAUCUUCAGAACAUCGUCUACAACACGGUGCCUCUGGUCCUUCACGGCAACGGGAUCAGCAAGCUCGUCCUGAACUCUCUGGGCAAUUAUCUGGCCCGCGCUUGGAUACCGGACGAGGGAUGCCUAGCCUGUUGGGAUCGAACGAUCGAGCUUGACAAGAUCAAACCGGAAACGUAUCCGGUUAUCAUGAUAGCCGUCUUCAUCGAACAACCCACGCCGUUCUUGGAAGAGUUCUUCCAAGCUAUCUACCAUCAGACCUAUCCGAAGUCGAAGCUGCAUCUGUUCGUUCACAACAACGUGCCCUAUCACGAGAGCGUGACGAACGACUUCCUGGACCGAGUCGGCCAGGAAUAUCAGAGUACGAAACAAAUACUGCCGAGCGACGGAAUCACCGAGGUUGACGCGAGAAAGUUGGCGAUGGAGAAUUGUCUGUUGAAGAAGUGUUCCGGAUAUCUGUCGAUCGACGCGGUCGCGCACUUGGACAACGAGCACACGUUGAAGUUGCUGGUCGAACAGCAGAGAGGCAUUGUCGCGCCGUUGCUCAUUCGCCCGUACAAAGCUUGGAGCAACUUCUGGGGCGCUAUAACGGACGACGGAUUCUACGCGCGGAGUUUUGAUUACAUGGAGAUAAUAAAAAACGAACGCAGGGGACUGUGGAACGUGCCGUUCAUCAGCAACUGUUACCUGAUCAACGCGACAAUCAUCGCCAACAAGGCUACGCGCCCGUCCUACGAGGACGGCGACCUGGACACGGAAAUGGCAUUUGCACAGGCAAAUCGGCAGAGAGGCCUGUUCAUGUAUGUCAGCAACAGGCUCGAGUUCGGUCAUCUCGUCAAUCCCGACUCUUACGACAUUCGACUCACGUAUCCGGACAUGUAUCAGAUCAUGGACAACAAGCUGGAUUGGGAGAAGAGAUACAUUCAUCCGAAUUAUAGCGACAGCUUCAAUCCUGACGUGAAACCGAUACAGCCGUGUCCCGACGUCUACUGGUUCCCCAUAAAUAGUCUCAGGUUCACCAAGGAACUCAUAGGAAUCGUCGAAGCGUUUGGACAGUGGUCCGACGGGACUAAUCACGAUCCACGUUUGUCGGGUGGAUACGAAAACGUGCCAACCCGCGAUAUUCACAUGAAUCAAGUUCAGUACGAGCAACACUGGCUGUACUUCUUGAAAGAAUAUGUUAGACCGUUGCAGGAGCUUGUCUUCAUCGGUUACUAUCACGACCCACCGCGGUCGCUGAUGAACUUUGUAGUGAGGUACCGGCCGGACGAGCAGCCAUCUUUGAGGCCGCAUCAUGACUCCUCAACUUACACCAUCAACAUCGCCCUGAAUCAAGCGGGCGUGGAUUACGAGGGCGGCGGAUGCAGGUUCAUCCGAUACAACUGUUCGGUCACCGACACGAAGCCGGGCUGGAUGCUGAUGCAUCCCGGUCGACUCACUCACUAUCACGAAGGACUGCUGGUGACGGCGGGCACGCGUUACAUUAUGAUCUCCUUUGUGGAUCCGUGAUGAAGCUCUCGCUGCGAAUCUCUAAAUUAUCAAAACUACAUUGAAGUCACGUAUCGGGAAUGAAGAUGAGGAGAGUGCGAAGCAUCCAAAAGAAAAAAGAGAAAUGUUAAUUCUAUACAAAUGUGUUCACUCUGUUAUCGAGAUUCCAUUAUCUUAGGAACUUGCCAAAUUGCCAAUGUUGGAACUGAACAGUGCAAUUUAACGGAAAAGCUGCUUAACCGACGUAUUAUUUUUGUAUCUACGUAAAUGCGCGCUCGAUCGUGUUCUUGUCGUUAGUGCCACGAUGAAUUCACACAAAGAGAAAGAGAGAAUAAGAUUGUAAUAUAUAUACAGCAAUUAUAAUACUCAUAUUCGUUAAUAUCUGAAUGUCAGGUUUAAGAAUUAUGUGACGGAUCGAUAAUACACACGCACAGUUCGUAGCAACUAAGCGUUACUAAAAAAAAAAAACCCUAAAAAAUAUUAAGUUACAUGUUUAUAUUUAUGUAUGUAAUACGUUUUAAUUUUUCUUAACUCUCUAUUUUUUUUCUUUUUUUUUUUUUUUAGACAUUUACGAAAGGACAAGGGAAAUUUCAAAUCUCUUCAACAGUGUUUUGCUUUCGUCUCUUCAUUGUAUCUAUACAGUUUUCAAAUAUAUGUUACAGCGUUUAGGAACAUUCACACAGGAUAAAUAAUAAAAAAAACGUAACGUCACCGAA